GCGUGCCCACAGGCUGCGUGGCCGAGCUGCAGCAGCUGCUGGAAGGGGAGCAGCAGGCAGCUUGGCGGCUCCAGGAGGAGGCGCAGGAAGCACAUGAAAAACAGCUGAAAGCAACAGAAGAGCAGUGAAGGAGGUGGAGAUGACUUUGAAGAACAUGGAAGUGCUCCUCCAAGAGAAAGUGGGUGAGCUGAAGGAACAGGAGAAAAAGGGCGUGUCACCCUUCGGCCCCUCCAUCAGCCUGGGGAGAGACAGAGGUCAUCAUAAAACCAGCUUCCAGCCCUGGUACCGCAUACGAGACAAGGACCUCAGAAAGAUCCACAAAGCUGCCAGCGUCGGCAACGUAGCUGAAGUGCAGCAGGUCCUGUUGCUUGGAGAGAAUGGCUUGAACGAGAAGGACAAGAUGAACAGGACUGCCCUCCACUUGGCCUGUGCCAAUGGCCAUUCAGCCGUGGUAGCUCUCCUCCUGGAGAGAAAAUGCCUGCUUAACCUCUGUGACAGUGAAAACAAGACCGUGCUGAUGAAGGCCGUAGAAUGUCAAGAGGAGGAGUGCGCGACUCUCCUGCUGGAGCACGGCGCCGACCCAAAUGUCACGGACGCCAAUGGCAACACCGCUCUCCACUACGCUGUCUUUUGCCAGAAUGUAUCACUUGCAGCAAAGCUGCUUUCCUAUGACGCCAAUAUAGAAGCCAGGAACGAGGAUGACCUCACACCACUAUUAUUGGCCAUAAGUGAAAGGCAACAGCAAAUGGUGGAAUUUUUAGUAAAGAAAGAAGCAAAUAUACACGCGGUUGACAAGAUGAAAAGAACCGCCCUCAUACUUGCUGUCAAUUACGAGUCUAUGAAUGUAGUCAGUCUUCUCCCUCAGCGAGGUGCUGACAUCUUUUCUGAAGAUGUCUUUGGAUGGACUGCAGAAGAAUAUGCUUCUCUUAGUGGUUUUAAUAUCAUUUGCCAACUGAUCUGUGAAUAUAAAGAAAAGAGGCCUAAAACUCCUCCUGAAAAGAGCAAUCCAGUGAAUACGAGUUCUGAAGAAGACUCUUAAAGCAGGUGGUGUGGGUUCAAUCUCCAGUCAGAGGAGCUGAGAUCCCACAUGCCUUGGGGUCAAAGAGCCAAAACAGAAGA